GAAAUGUGAUGUCCGAAGCACAGCGGACUCAGCUCUGUUCCGUUGCGACACCUCGGAACAUCUGCUCCGUCCGUAUCGUGAGAGAGCCCCGGAUCAACACCGCUCUUUCUAUCUGUCAUUCUUUUCCUGCACUUCCGGAUACCUGAUGCCUGUGCAUGGCCUCGUUUUCCCGACUUUCGCGUUUGUUCAAGUCCGGGCAGUCCUCGUCUAUCACUCGUGGAGAUGAAGCAGAGACGACAAGAGACGACGACUGGUACAUUCCGUACAAUGGACCGGUGGAGCCGCCACAGGAUCUGCACGAGAACAGGGACAGCUGGGGCCAGCUGGUGAGUGGAUGGCUCGUCGAGGGUUCACAUGAAGCGCAAGACCGGAAUCAUUGAUCCCACUCUCCGCAGCGCUUCUACCGCACAUUAUACCGCGCGACAUGCCGUCACCUCGCUCUUCAACUCUGAC